UGACCAAGUUUCUUAAUAAAGAUAUUCAAAAUAUAGCGAAUAAUAAUUCUACAUUAAAGAAAAAACAAAAAGUAAAUAAAAUAGUUACUACUAAAUUAGAAGAUAUUAGAAAUGAUGAAGAUUUAGAAUUUUUAUAUAGUGGUUUUGAAAGUGCAUAUAAUUUAGCAAACUGCAGUAAAUCUACUUUAUUAGAUGAAAAUAAUGAUAGACCAAGCAAGCGAACUAGAAAUCAAAAAAAAAAUAUAGAUAAUUUUUCAAAAUAA